CUGUUACUCUUCCCGGCCUCCCCUUCUUCUUCUUCAUUUUGACUCCAGUAAACUCCCUCUUCAUUUAAAAAUCUGAAAAAGGGUUUGGUAAGUCAGAGUCAAAGUCAGUUCAGUUGUCUUCUUGUGAUCUCGUUUCUUCACUCUGUUCUCUCUUGCCAACUACCUCCUCCUCUUUACUUAUUCUCAAUCUCCAUAUUUCCAUUCUUAAAACCCCCUAAUUUCUCUGUCUUCUCAAACUCUAAAAAUAUAGAGAACCAGAGACAGACUGAUUUGAUUUAGCAUGUCUGAUAUAAUCAAAGAAGCUUGGAGAAAGUAUUUGUUACAGCUACAAAUCAAUCCUCUCAGAACAAAGGCUAUUACAGCAGGAACUUUAGCUGGUUGUAGUGAUUUAAUAGCGCAGAAGAUUUCUGGAGUUAAGAAGCUUCAACUGAGAAGAUUUCUUCUUCUUGUGCUCUAUGGAUUUGCAUACUCGGGGCCAUUUACACAUUUUCUUCACAAAAUAAUGGAUAAAAUUUUCAAAGGAAAGACAGGCAAGGAAACUGUUGCUAAGAAGGUACUUUUGGAGCAAUUGAUUUCUUCACCUUGGAACAACAUACUUUUUAUGGUGUACUAUGGUCUCGUAGUUGAUGGAAGAUCGUGGAGUUUGGUCAGAAGUAAAGUCCGCAGGGAUUAUCCUACUGUUCAAUUGACUGCAUGGAAGUUUUGGCCAAUAGUUGGUUGGGUGAAUUACCAAUACAUGCCUUUGCAGUUCCGCGUCUUGUUCCAUAACUUUUUUGGCGCUUGCUGGGCAAUUUUUAUGAAUCUGAAAGCUCGAUCAGUUGCAAUUAAGAAAGCCUAAGACACAGGAGCCUCUAUAUCAGCUUAGCAUCUCAUUUGUUUUUUCUGUUUUCUUGUUCUUUUGUUGAUUCUUGCUCUUUUAUUGAUUCAGUUUGAUUGUUCUUGAAUGUCUUUGAGUCUUAACUAUGUUAAGAUUUUGUAGCUCCCUAAAAAGUUAUGGUACCAAAAGAUGAUUCUUGUUGAAUGUUAAAAAAUAAUAAUAGAAAAACUCUAUUUUCAUCAUGGCUGUUAUCAUCUCUCAAACAAACUAUAGUUGGUUAUUCAACUCUUAUGCAUGCAGAUGAUAAGCAUCACACCUAGUAACAUACCAAAAAAUGAAAAAAGAAAGAAAGAAAGAAGAUUUUGAUGAAGGAUAAAAGUGUUCUUUUAUCUUUUCAUUGGUUGCUUGGAACUGGGUGCUACAUGUGAUCGUACUGGUGUCAAUCCCUUACGAACUUCUGCAGUUUCAAAACAUUUUGUUGCCUCACAAUCUAUUGCUCUCAUCUUGCAUAGAAGCCUAAGACUAGGCAAGUAGAAUGGUUCCGAUCUGUCUAAUUGUGCUGUCACAGUUAAAUAUGUCUAAAUAAGAUCAAGCUUUACCAUUUUUCUGAGAAUGUUAACUGUUGAAAUUUGAAAACAAAGCUUGGAAUACAGGUGUGUGGUCAUGUUUCAGCAAAAUCAAAUAUACUUUCUUUUUGAAAAUGUUAGCUGUUGAAAAUCAAGCUUGGGAAAUAUCUGUCCGGUCAAGUUGUCACAUCUAUGUUUGACGCUAACAUUGGCAGCAACUGGUUCGCCGUCUCAGCAUCCAUGAAUAUGAGGAAUGGUGCUUGGAUAAGUUCGUAUUACCAAACUGGUCUACAAGGAAAAACCGUGAUCAAGGUUAGUCAAGGCGGAUUUGGUUUCAAUAUCAGCUGAGAAACCAUCCAGCAUCUCAGCCAGACAAGCUGUGCAAUGCAUCUUCACAUCAUCUGGGAACUCGUGAAGUUCUCCUGUAAUGAGAAUCUUCCUCGGACUCUCCUUGGCAGAUCCAAGAAUAAGCAUAAACGCUGUUAUAGCAUCAGCUGCUAUGCUAGACAAAUGUCGAGGCAUGUUAUCUAAUUCAGCCGCAUUCUUGUUUAACAUUUCACUAUUCUUCUUUACAGUGUCAGGCAAGAACUUAGCAAUACUUGUUGCUUGAAUUUGGACAAGCUUUUGAGCCAAUACAGGAACUCCAACAAUAGAUUUAUCCAUCUUUGAAAGAAGUGGAUGUGAAUGAAAUAGCCUUGCCUUUUCAGCCCUUGCUU